AUGUCAUUGAGUUUCAAAUUAUUAAAGCCUACUAAUGUGUUGAGCCAAUUGGGUGUUUUUUCAAGGUUUGCAGUACGGAUGCAAACGAGGUGUAAGAGCACAGAUGCAUCAGAAGAUGAAGUGAAGCAUUUCCAGGAGCUGGCUCCCACUUGGUGGGAUACAGACGGAUCUCAGAGAAUUCUACACAAGAUGAAUCUGGCGAGAUUGGAUUUUGUGCAAAGAACGCUAAGGAGUCAAGUAAAAAUUCAAGAUCCCGAUGUAUUUGUUCCUGGAUACAAUUACAAGGAGUUUUUACCUGAGUAUGUUAGCGAGAAUAUACAGCGGGAAGUUCAAGAUAGUUUGGAGACUAGUUUAGGUGAAAGACCAGAAAUGAGGGUGUUGGAUGUUGGAUGCGGGGGAGGCAUUCUAAGUGAAUCCCUUGCGAGAUUGAAAUGGGUGAAGAAUGUCCAAGGAAUCGAUCUGACUCGUGAAUGUAUUAUGGUUGCAAAGGAGCACGCUAAGAAAGACCCCAUAAUAGAGGGGAAAGUAAAUUACGAAUGCAAGGCUCUAGAGGACGUUACUGGACAAUUUGAUAUUAUUACUUGUAUGGAAAUGCUUGAGCAUGUUGACGUGCCCAGUGAAAUUUUGAGGCAUUGUUGGGCGAGGUUGAAUCCCGACAAAGGAAUACUCUUUCUAAGUACGAUCAACAGAGAUUUUAUUUCGUGGUUUACUACAAUUUUCAUGGGGGAGAACGUCUUGAAGGUUGUUCCAAAGGGAACUCAUCACUUGGGCAAAUACAUAAACGCGAAAGAAAUAAUCGCCUGGUUUAAUGAAAACUAUAGUGGUCAAUUCCGCUUACUGGACCUAAAGGGAACCAUGUACUUACCACUGCAAGGAUGGGUCGAGCACGAUUGUUCUAAUAUUGGCAAUUACUUUAUGGCUAUCCAGAGACUACAGUGA